AUGUCAUUGGCAGUGGAUGAGACAGCAGGUGACCUCCCCGUGAGGGAUGUGGGCUUGAGAGCGGGGCUGUUAACUGUCCUCACAGAUCGCCAGCGAUUGUUCAAAAUAUCACGCGAGCAGCUGGAGGACCAAUGUCUCCAUCUACAGGAGGAGAACACACUUCUCAAACAACACAGCCGCACACAAGAGCAAAAACUACGCAGGUUGUCAACAAAACUGCUGCGAUUGAAGCAAGGCCCUUCGUCUGCUGGGAGGGAUGGAGAGCUGGAGGACACGAUUCAAGAGCUAGAGGCUAGAGUAGCGACUCUAGAGAGUCAGAAGCGGGCACUGCACAGCAAACUCAGUUUAGCCAAGCAACACAUCUUAGACCUGGGCAUCAGGACACAUAACAGGCCACGGACAGGGCGAGGUGUGGAUGGGGACGGAGGGGUCAGACGAGCUGCCCAAACCGCUCCUGCCCGCUAUGGCAUCAGUUCACUGGAAGACUCCAGAGGAGAUAUAGACAGAUUACUUGCAUUACUCAGAUCUACAAUCAUAGAAAACCAGCAAGGGAGGGUGGCAGAGCUGGAGCUGUCUGCUCAUUCUCUCAGAGAAUCACUCAGAGACAAAGAGAAAGAAAUUGAAGGUAUCGUGAAAGACCUGCGCAAACAACAAGCCGAUGGACACAGACUCAUUAUAAAAGAUAAUGUAGAUGUGAUAAGAUUGCAGAAGCAGCUUUCUGAAAAGAGCACCUCCCUUCUGGUCCUUCAGGAAAAGUUUGCUGCUCUUCAGGAGGCUUAUGAGAACCAGCUGGAGGAGGGCCAAAGGUCUUUAAAAGAGAGUCAAGGAGCACUGCUGGGGAAGGUGGAGGAGCUGAGUGAGCUGUUGAAACAGGAGAAGCAGAGAGUGCUGACGCUUGAGGGCCAGCUCAAUGCUGCCACACUUUCACUGCAAGCUCUGGGGGAGCUUCAGGAGAGGGUUUCAGACCUGGAGGGGGAGAGGAACCUCCUGAAGAACAGCUAUGAUUCACUUCUGGAGUGCACUAUGUCUGUACAGAACCAUCAAGAAGGACAACAUGAUAAAAAAGACAAAAGAAGUGAACAAUAUACAGAGGAGAGUUGGAGAGAGGAUUUAUGGAGGCUUGAACAAAGACUGGAGGAAGAAAGGAAAGAAAAGCAAAUGCUGGAGCAGGAGAAGGAACAGAUGAGACAAGAGAAUGACCAGUUUCAGAAGGAGAAGGAGCGAGACAGAGAUAUGGUUACGUUCCUCAGAGAAAAACACGACUGCUUGGAGCGAGAAGUCCUGCAGCACAGGCAGGAAGUCACAUCUUUGCAAGAAAAACUGGACUCUGUUACAAAAGAGUUUGAUAUGAGUGUGGAAGAUCUGAGUGAGACUCUGCUGCAGAUUAAGGCCUUUAGAAUUCAGCGGGAGACUCAAGGGAUGAUGUGUUUCUUGAAAACAGACGAAAAGAUAGAGGAAGCGUCAAAGGAUUUGACUGCAGUACAGGCUUCAUGUGCAGAAACUGUUUUGGAACUCCAGAAAACAAGGGAUUUAUUGUUACUUCAGCAUCGACUGAAUGCUGACCUUCAGAACGAGAUGAAGACAGUUGUGGAAAAAUCUGAGAGAGAGAGGGAGGAGAAUAGAAGGAGGGCAGGUGAAAAAGACAAAUUGCUGAAAAGCAGAAGUCUUCAAAUCAACAGUUUACAAGCUCAGCUCAAAGACAUAGCAUACAGCCCUAGAAACUAUAAGCAGACCAUACCCCUGCAGUACACCUGGACAGGGCUGGAACAAGAGUCAGUCAAGCCUGCUGCAGAGGGCGCUAUAAUCACACAGCUGCGUGGAGGAGAAUCUCUUCUGGAGGUCCAUCUAACAGGAGCCACCUUCACACCUCUGGGAUUGAGACUCAUGGGACAAUGCACAGGAGAUCACCAAGGGGUCGCAACAUUCUGCACCUAUGGGUUCCUCGACUUUGAAACCCUCUCAACUUCAUUAAUAUCAGGUGGACAGCCAAAUUAUGGCUUCACCUCGCAAUACGCCCUCACUGAGUUCGACCUGGAGAAGCUCAGGGUUCAGGGCGGGUCCAUCACUGUUGAACUGCACCAGGCGCUUGGAGGGGUGCAAUUUAUGACCCGUGGGAGAGCAAGGAUUUCUUUGAUGGGAGCUCUACAGCGCACGGGUGAACGAAUGAAUAACAGAACCAACAUCACAGGAGCUGAAGGGGAAGUUAUAGGAAUCCUUGAGUUUUGGGUGUGUUUACACCCUCAGGUGGAACUCACAGGACCUCAAAUGGAAAGAGCCACUAGUAGAGCAGCUAUGAGACACACCAGAGGUUCAGAAUGGGCUCAUGGUGAACCAGAGGAAAUAUAUGAUUAUGGUGUAGGGAUACCCAAUGAACUUGAGGUGGUACUGGAGCGCUGUGUGGGCCUCAGUACCCACUGGCCAGGACUACUCCCUGAUGCAUACUUAACAUAUCGCCUUUAUGACCUACCACCUCAUUCUACACCCAUAAUUCAAUGCUGUGUGGAUCCUGUCUUUGAAGACUCAGUGAGCUAUCCAUUAGCUGUAACCACAGAUUUAUUAGAAUACCUGAAUGUGGGCAGCCUGUGGGUGUAUGUGUUUGAUGACAGCGAGCGUCAGACUCCUCCCACAUAUUUGGCAAAGACGCCAAUCCCACUACGAGCCCUUGCAGCUGGCAGACCAAUCAGAGGCGAUUAUGUGCUUCGAGAUCCUGCUGGCAGUCCAAGAGGAAUGGUGAGGGCCACUCUCAGGUGGAAAUACCCUUUCCAGUCACCUGAGACACCCUCAAGAGAAAGAGAAGUAGAAGAGAAAGACAGAAUGGUUCCCAGUGUUGAGGUUUCACAGAGACCCAUUGCAAAGCCCAGGUCUCAGCUUCGGCCUCCACCAGAACAUGGAGUCAAGACCACUGACACUCAACCAUCCACAGCCAUUAGAAGCCCUCAAAAAGGUUCAUUCACACUUCCAUCGCCAUCCAUACAGGUGACUGAACCCACGUCUUAUCAUCGGAAACCUCCAUCUAGUUUGGCUCAACCUUUAAGAUCGGUUAGACGGAAGCAACACCGCACUGCAGCGUUGAACAUACAGGAAAAAUUGAAACCAACAACGGCACCUUACCUGAGUCCCGCCAUGUCUAUUAAGUCUCAAAAAUCCAAUCGAGUGGACUUGAAACCAUCGACCUCAGUGCCGAGCACCCCUCGCAGCCAAAGGAGCUAUCGAAGCGACUCGACACAGCAAAUUAAAAUGGAAGAGGAACAAGAAUAUGAAGAUCAGGAAGAUGAAACUGAAGACAGAACUCAAAAUGACAUGGAUGCCCUUCAGUCUGAUGAAUCAAGAGAUUCAAAUGGAAGUGACGUCAUCAUAAUCCCUCACCCACCAAAACCACAUAAAAAGGGAGACAGACUCAGAGUGGAGAUCCUCUCACUUUCUUUUAACCGCUCUUCUAGUGUUGCACUUGACCAAUCAGUGCAUCAGGUAUAUGUGGAGUACCGUCUCCUAGGUAUUCCCAUGGAGACAACAGAAACACCCAUGUCCCUGCGUAAACCAACAGAUGGGGAGGAAAUACAUUAUAACUUUACACGAGUUAUCCAUGUGGAUAGCAUGGAAGCAGCUCCCUUGAGACAUUACCUCUACACCAUGCUGGAAGGUACAGACCACAACCAGGGCAGGUUAAAGUUCACAGUAGUCAGUGAGCCCAUGAACGAGCAAGAAGAAUGUAAAGAUGUAGGAUAUGCCUACUUGAAUUUACAAGAACUUCUGCUGACUGGAAAUGAUUUUAUUGAAGAACAAAUCAAUGUUGUUAGUGCGGAUGAAGAACAGGAUGUGGUGGGAAAACUGAAAGUAUCUGUAGAAGCUGCACAGGCUCUUACUGGAAUCUAUCAGGAAUAUCAUCUGAUUGUGGAAAGGGAGAGAGGAGGACCAAUAAAUAGCACAGAGAAUGAGGAGGAGGAGGAAAGUGGGAUACAAAAAAACAACGAGUUGCAUGUGGUUGAUUUUGAAGUUGAUGAAGACAGUGAUUUCUGAAGACAUUUCUUCGGAACAUCUCCAGCCUAAAGUUAUGUUCAAACCAGGCCAGUCUGUAGGGAACAUUCCUUUUUUUGUACUAACUCUACAACAUCCAAAAUUUCCCUCUUGCAACAUUUUCAACCGUUCAAAACCUAUGACACUGUCAUGUUUAAAUUAUAGAAAACAUGAAUGUGGUUUAAGUUGCUAAAUGUUUUAAUAUAAAAAAAUGUAUACAAAUAUAGAGCUCCCUAUCUGUCAGUCACUACUAGUUAUGUCAUGAACACAUAGGGGUUUACUUGAUAAACUGUUAAACUUGUAAAUCAUUUGUUUUUGUUUUUUGUAUGUCUUUUUGGAGAUGGUCUGAAAUGAAAGCGAAGGUGAGAUAUUUAAAGUUUUCCUGUGUGACGUUGCUUAUUUUGACUCAUUUUAAUAGUCUAGUAUUUGACGAUUUGUGAGAGCUACUUUCUUUUAUUGUGUUGAUGGUGUCUUAUUGUCUUCUUUUGUGUUGUUGACUGUAUCAGUGAUAUAUUUAUUACGUUCUAUUAUAUUUUUAUUUAUGCUCCUCAGCAUAAAACCUGAAUAAGUGCAUGCACUUGUCAUCUAUUUAUACCCGUAUGCACUGGGAGUGGCUCAGGAAUGCAGAAUCCACUAAUCAAAAUUCACUGUUGUUUUCUCUGAAAGUCGGAGUGGACUGGGGCUCUCAAGUAAACCCCCAUGUCAUCACAACAUAACAUCUCCAUUCCCUCCAUCAGGGAACGAGGGUUAUGUAUGUAACCAGGAUGAUAUUUUAAGUCUCUUAACCACAGUCAGUAAAACAACAUAAAAAAUGCAGAAGGAAAUGAGUGUACAGCCACAAUAAUUUAACCAAAACAUUAUGUUUUUGAUGGCGCAGGAUAAAAGUCACUAGAGAACAAGUGACUGCACAUAUGUAUAAAAUAUAUGCUGUACUGUAAAUUUGAAGCUUUGAGCAGAUGUUGGAACAAAAUUUCCAUUAAAAAAAAAAACAACAACAAAAAACCCCAGUGAGAAUUGGAUACAUGCUUAUUGAAAUGAUAUAGUUUAUUUGAAAUCAUGUGGAUUGGGUUCCAGUGGUUUCACUUGUAAAUAAACAACUCUGAUUGUUUUUGUUUAUAGCACGCAGAAGCUUCAAGCUUUUAGACCGAGAUUGGAUCGAGUCCAGCAUGUGCUCAAUAACCAACCGAUAUGAUGUCAUUUCCCGUAUCCCCUUGGUGACAUCAAGAAACUUCCUCCUUUAGAGAGGAACCUCAUACCAAUGACACUGGUCAAGUCCAUGCUGCAUCUUUCACCAGCCUCUUCUGCUUUCUCUUGAGGUUUUGAUUGCCCCAUCUGUUUAAGAGUUGCUAAAUAAAGCGCUUCUGUUCUCUAGAAAACAACAGCCUGGGAAACUUUGAAAUCCGCAUUAAAAUGCAGCAAAAGGUUUUGGCGUUUUAUACAAAUGAAUGUAGUCACAUUUUAUACAUUUUUAGGCCUCUAAAUCAACAUGAACAAAAAAUUUUAAAAACCCAUUGUAUAAUCUUC